AUGAGCGAUAAUAUUCCCGAGCCAGAGCAUCCACAGGAGAUUCGAGAGUUCGAUAGAGAACUCGACGCCCUCUCAAUUUCUUGUGCAUGUGACCAACCAUCUCUUGUUCCCACCCGAUUAUUUGACAGUCCCACAAAGCAUAGUGCUCCCCAACUGAUCGAUAAUGGUGCAGCUGAUGUUCCAGCAUUCGAUUUUCAAGUGUAUACUCAACCAAGAACAACGCGGACCGAAGGAAUGUUGAAAUUGGAGAUUCCGAGUUUUCCAAACUUGAAAUCCAAAGUUAGCACACCUUUUCAAUACAUUGGGAGUCUGCCUUGGAGACUUGCCGCCAAAACCGAGAAAUCCAAACGGACAUCUGACGCGAAGUUCUUCUCAGUUUACAUCGAUUGUAAUCCUGACUCAGAAUCCACACUUUGGUCAUGUGAUGCUGUCGUGGAGUUCCGAUUAGUUUCCCGGAAUCGGACAAUUCCUGCUUUCUCUCGACAAUUCACCAACAAAUUCAACUACAAUUCAAAUAAUUGGGGUUUUCCGUCUUUCAUGGCCUGGGAAGAAGUGAACAAUUCAAAUUUUGUGCGGAACGAUACAGUGACAGUCACUGCACGUGUUGUUGUUCAAAAGGUGUUGGGUGUCAGGAACACGCCGAAGUAUGACUUCGGGCAGAUGCAAAUGAACAUUUGUGACAUGACACUCAUUAUCAAUAAGCAGAAAUUGUUUGUCAAUAAGGCGUACCUUGCUCUCUACUCUCCCGUCUUUUAUGCAAUGUUCUUCUCCAAUUUCCAAGAGCGAGAGAAAACUCAAAUCGAACUUGAAGAUGUGAUUCUUGAAGAAUUCCGAGAGCUUCUCAAUGUCAUCUAUCCAUGUCAUAAGCCAGUUACAGCAGAAAAUGUGGAAUAUCUUUUGGAGUUAGGAGACAAAUAUGAGAUACAAUACGUGAUGGAUGAGUGCGAAAGGUUCCUUGUUAGCAGUGAAGACAUUGUUCCAAUCACCAAACUGAUGUGGGCGGAUCAAUAUUUAUUGGCAAAGCUGCAGGACAGCUGUCUCCGAAAUAUCAAAAGUGUCGCAGAAGUGAAAGCUAUCCGGACAACAGAGGAGUUUAAGAAUAUCAGUGACACAACUAAAGCAGCACUUUUGGAUAAAAUACUGAAGAUCAUCAAUUGA